AUGACACGCCUCCUGAUGGCGCCCUCGAAGUUUUUCCUCUUGCAGGUAAUCUUCGAAUGCGGACACGCCUACAAGUUUUCAGAGAGUCAGGAGCGUCACGAGCGCCAGCUCAACGACAGCUACGAAGCUCUGAACGUAACGAAGGCUCUGAAGGUGCUCAAGAUCAGCCGUCUUAUGUCCACGGGGAUCCUGAAGGUGCCUCUCUAUAAGGAGUUGUCUGCUGCAUUGCCCCUCGUGAUUCGAAACCUCACGAACUACAGUGGCCUCAUCAAUGACAAGGGAGCUCCGGCCAACCCGAAUAUCACGUACCAUUUCGGCGAGCUGGAGAAGGACCUGGCUAUGUUAUCAGACAAGGUCAGCGGCUUCUACGCCGUCUUGCACGAGAUGUUGCCGGAUGGCAGUGGACCAUUCCUAUGCCCUUUGCACAAGCAGAGUCAUAUCAAGGAGUGCCUCUUGAUGGCCACGUGCCUCUUGGAGUAUCAUGUGCCCGAACAAAUCGAACUGCAAGCAUUCACCACCUACAUGGAGAUGACCCAGCGUUUCAUCGACAUUAGUUGGGCAGUCUUGAAGGAAGGCUUGCUGAUGGAAGAGCCCUCUCCGAUUUUGAACAUGGAUGCCGUACCUCCCAAGAAGUACCAGUGCGAUCUGCUGGAGCAUGACAAGGUGACCCCGCCCGCCGGCCAUGCCAUGCUUCAAGUGGAUGAGGCAUCCGGGUCAUCAGAGUCGGAGUUUGAGUCAGAUGGGGCGACUCUCGCGAUGUCCUCAGCUGUGGUGCAAGCCUCCAAGGUCACUUUCCAGAUCUUGAGCUCACAUCAAGUUGGCAGCUCUGUUGAUGCCACCAUCCUGAAACUGCACGAGCUUUGGAUGCCGAUUUGCAAACAUCUGAAAUGCGACCAUAGCAACUUUUGGGAUUUGCACUAUGCCUCAUAUCGGCAAACGGCCUCCUUGCUCGAGCUCAAGUCCGGCUUUGCCGCGCGACGCGCCAUGCGCCGCGAGAUCCAACAUCGUGUGAAGUUGGAGAAGAGGUUGGGUGAGUUUGUCUCCGAGAACCAUGAGUACUACUCCAGGCUUUACAAUGGAACCACGCACUUCCCUCCUGGCCGGCGAUUUGUGGACUCGAACUUCAUCCAGGCGUCCUCACGAGCUGCGAGGCUCAGUUUGCUGGCCCAAGCGCGCGAAUCCAUGAUCGGCCACAUGACGGAUUUCGCACACGAGGUCAGCACGGAGGAUGAGAACAGGGCCAUCAGGUUGUUCGACCAUGUGGAGUAUCGCAAGUUCCAGAAGGACAGGCAUGGACGCCACCCAGUCUCCCUGCUGCAGGAUGAAGAGAACGAAGGGAUCGAAGAGAUUGAGCAGGAACACAGCGAGGAAGCUGAAGACGAAGAUGAAGGUGAAGGCGAG